AUGGGUGACCGUGUUGAUGUCUUGGAAACACGAUUGAAUACCGUUGACAAUACUUUGGCAGAGCUAAUUCGCCAGAUGCAAACGCAAAGCAAUGUUCUCACAAAAUUAGGUGAACAAAUGACUCAAUUGGGUCAAAAAGGGGUGAGCAACGAAGGAGAAUCAUCUGUGAACAACUCAUCACAGAGCGAAUCUCGAUUAGCCGGUAAGAAGGUGAAGUUACCUUUAUUUGAAGGGGAAGAUCCGGUUGCGUGGAUUACCCGUGCUGAGAUCUACUUCGAUGUGCAAGGUACCAUUGACGAGAUGAAAGUUAAGCUGUCACGAUUAAGCAUGGAGGGUUCCACGAUCCAUUGGUUCAAUCUACUUCUGGAGACAGAAGAUGAAUUAUCCUGGGAGAAAUUGAAGAGAGCGAUGAUCGCUCGCUAUGAAGGAAGGCGAUUAGAAAACCCUUUCGAAGAAUUAUCGGCGUUAAGACAAACAGGAAGCGUUGAGGAGUACGUUGAGGCUUUCGAGCUUCUAUCGUCUCAAGUAGGACGUCUUCCAGAAGAACAGUAUUUAGGGUAUUUCAUGAGUGGAUUGAAAGCCCCAAUACGACGGAGGGUAACAACUUUAAAUCCCCUCACUCGUAUACAGAUGAUGAGGAUAGCAAAAUAUGUUGAAGAGGAAUUGAAGGAGGAGGACGACGACGAUGAACUUCGUUUUGGAAGGAAGAUAGCUGGAGAACGAAUGGGUCGUAAUGAAUGGUUUGGGCCUAUUUCGCAAUACAAAACCCGGUAUGCAUCUAACCCGGCCCAAAAAGAUUCAAAAAUAACCCAAACGGGUUGGAGCUGUCCAAAUCAGAAAACGGGUUCUACUCACUCCAAUACGAACUCGUCUUCUUCGUUUGCAUCUACUGGCCGAAAAAUUAAAUCCGAUUCCAGGUCCAAUUCUUGGAAAGGGGUUCGUAGUGUCCAUAGUGAUGAAGUUUCUGAGAGAAGAGCCAAGGGAGAAAAGCUCGAUGAGGAUGGAGAAAUUGUUACCAUGGAAGGUGAAGUGUUAGAGGUUGAAGAGGAAGAAGAAGUAGAGUGCAAGUCCAUAGGUGUGUUGGGAAGUAUGGGAAGUCAAAGCACAAUGAAGAUUGAAGGAAAGAUAUCAGAUGUGGGUGUUCUAGUGUUGAUAGACAGUGGAGCAACUCAUAAUUUUAUAUCUCCUCAAAUUACGACGGCUUUAGGGCUUCAAGUUACUCCUAUGGCUGAGAAAUACAUUAAGUUGGGAGAUGGUCACAAAAUUGUAUCAAGAGGAAUCUGUAAAAACGUUUCAAUACAGAUGGAGACAGUUCAUAUAGUGGUCGAUGCGUGGGUUUUGGAGUUAGGAGGUUUGGAUAUGGUUUUGGGGGUGUCAUGGCUGAGUACUUUGGGUAAAGUGGUGAUGGACUGGAAGACUUUGUCUAUGCAGUUUAUGCAUGGAAAUCAAAUGGUUAAGCUGCAAGGGCAGGGUAGCAAUCAUGAAAACUACCUCAAUAGUUUUAUGGGCAAUAAUCUUAGCAAGUGGAGGACUGAAUGGUGGUGGGCUCAGUAUCAACAAUUGGAAUCUAAAGACACUAAAACACCAGUUGCUUUUGAAGGACUUUUGACACAAUUUGCUGAUGUGUUCAAAGAAUGCAUUCAAUUACCACCUGAAAGGACCAAAGUGCAUCACAUCAAGCUAAUUCUAGAACAUGGUUCCAUCAAUGUCAGACCCUAG